GAGUCUCCGGUCAUCGCGGUCGACGUCGUCAUCGACAUGUUCGCGUAAUGGCGUUGUUCCCACUUAUGAGUACGAUCAUCCUAAAAAAUCAUCGCUCUGUUGAAAAUCUUAUUGCACCAGAAUUACUUCAAUUCAGCAAGCACUAUACUUGUGAAUGAAAGAAGGCGAGUAAUCUAUCGGAGACAGAGAGGAUAAACUCAAGUACUCUCUUUUAAUUAUCCAUGUAUUCGAAAGUAAAGAAUUGACCGUGGAAGAAGAGAGAGUCUCACUCGACUGCGAGAGUACUCAUUUAUUUGAACCAAGGUUGAUAGCCACUGAAAUGGCUGAGGAGAGCAACGAAGUUAAGUCAACUGGACCUUCUUCACCUCGAAGUCCCCACAAUGGUAGUAGUGGCAAGGCUACUAGUCCUCGUUCACCCAAGCAAACACGCAGAGUAAAGUUAACUGACCAACAGCUGGAGACCUUUAAUAAGGAUGAGCUAGCAGCUAAAUGGCGAGAGCAGGACUUAUAUGUGGAGUGCCUAGAGACACAAACAGCAGCCUUGGAAGGAGACAUUGCUUUAUUAAGAGAAUCUGAAGAAAAAUACAGACAACAAUAUAUUGAGGCAUCACAUAGAGAAAAAAUAUUAGUAAGGAGACUUGCCUCUAAAGAACAAGAAUUACAAGAAUAUGUGAAUCAAAUAACCGAAAUGAAAGCCACACAUGCACCAUCUGCUGCAGCAUUAAGAUCUACUCUUCUUGAUCCAGCUGUAAAUAUACUUAUACAAAAAUUACGUCAAGAAUUAGUCACAACAAAAUCAAAAUUGGAAGAUACGCAAAAUGAAUUAAGUGCCUGGAAAUUCACUCCAGACAGUAAUACAGGAAAAAGGUUAAUGGCAAAGUGUAGAUUAUUAUAUCAAGAGAAUGAAGAACUAGGACGAAUGAUAUCUAGUGGCCGAAUUGCUAAAUUAGAAGGAGAACUUGCUCUACAAAAAAGUUAUAGUGAAGAAGUUAAAAAAUCACAAUCUGAACUAGAUGAAUUUCUUCAAGAUCUUGAUGAGGAUGUUGAAGGUAUGCAAAGCACAAUUUACUUUUUACAACAAGAACUACGAAAGGCUCGGGAGUCUGUAACUCUAUUACAACAAGAAAAUGUAUCAUUAAAAUCUUCUAUCGGAGAAAAUAAUUUAACUAAUGGCUUAUCACCUCAUACUCCUCCAAUAAAAAAAGAAGAAUUAGAAGAAAAUAUAACAUCGGACGUUAAAUUAGUAAAAGCAGAAGAUAGUGACAGGUAUAAAGGUGCUAGAACGCCUCCUUUACCAUCUCAAACUUCGCCUUCGAGUGAAUGUGUGAAUAUUCAUAAGCCUGAACGGACAGACAAUAAAAUACAUCAAACAGAACAUAAUGAUGAAAGCUCUAGUGAUUCGGCGGCUUUGAUUAUUAAAGUAGAAAAUGAAUUAUUAAGUGAGCGCGAGGAAGAUGAUGAAACAAGGACUAAUAAAAGGACGUUAAGAACUAAAACUAAUAACAGAAGCAGUGGCAAGACAAAUGGGGAGGAAGUGAUAACAAGGACAACUAGGGGAAGGGAUAGGACAAAAAGGGACAAAAGUGUACCAGAUAGUGAUGAUGAAAGGAUUCAUAAGAAAAAAAGAAGAGAGAGCCUUUUAUCUAUUGAAUAUAAUGAAGGAGAAGAAGAUGCUUUAGUUUUAACUAAUGGCGAAAUAUUACAAAGUGAUCCAGAGUAAAUUGAAUGUUUCCCCAUAGCAAACCAUUACUAGUGAAUAUUGAUAAUAAAAAUGAAAAGAAAUUAACUUAUGGGUCAAUAAGAUAUUCGAACUACAGGAACCUGAAACAAAUAGAAUUAUAAAAUCUAAAUAUACGUUUAUCAACGUAAUUGUCCAUUUUUACACAUUCAUUUGACCAAGUACUGAAUAUAAUUUAAAAAUGACAUACUGUA